AGAAAACUUUUAAGCUGUCACUGGCUGUCGGUCGGAGACUGAUGGAGGACAGAGGGGACAGCUACUCGCAAGCAGACGUCAACACCGUCACCUAAACAAGUCCACAAAGAGUGAGAAUGCAGCAGGAACAGCCCGUGGGUGCAGGCGAUGUCCAGGCCUGAAUUGGAGAAGUUUGCAGGGACUGUCACUUUUUAAAGUGCACGGUCGCAACAAAGCGAAAAGUGCAUCCAGACCACAUGGAAAUCAUUUGAAUUGACAGUCGACGCGGUGUCACAGAGGCGUUAAAUGUUUCUAAAGUACAGGCUGCUACCGUCCUGACAACAUGACCCGUUUGGACUGCGGGCUUCACGCUUCUGGACAAGGAGUCUCUCUCAUUCACCUCCUCGUCGCUCUUCUGGCGCUCCUGGAAAACUGCAAAGCAUUGGGAUUAUCACAUGAGUCAGAGAGAGUUCUGCGGGAUCUGCCUCAGUAUGAAGUGGUUCACCCCACGAGAGUGGAUGCCAGAGGUCACUUCCUGUCCAACUUCCUGUCUCACCAUGCUCGGCGUGUACAGCGCCGGGAAGCCUCAGAGGGACCAGCAGACUUGGAUCGAGUCUUCUACCAGUUGUGGCACGGAGGCCACAGUUUGCACUUUAACCUCACCCUCAACCCAUACCUGCUGGCUCCAGGCUUUGUGACUGAGAGGAGAUACGGUGGCCUGGAUGGGGCCCAGAUCCAUCCUCCUGGAUCCUCCAGGUGCUAUUUCUUAGGUGAAGUGUGGGAUGAGGCCCUUGGUAGAGGACGUGCAGCCAUCAGUACCUGUGAUGGACUGACAGGACUGUUCAAGUUGUCUGAUGAAGAGUAUUUUAUUCAGCCUCUGGAAAAAUCCAGCGAUGAGACCUCAGCACCUCAGGCCCAUGCCAUCUACAAACGUCAUGUGUCCCCUCCCUCCUGGAGUCCAGUGGUACAGCCCAUCUCAGGGAAACAAGCUCUCAAUGGUACCUGUGGAAACAAAAAUUCCCAUCAAAGUUUUGUAGACACUGAGAGACAGCGGGAACGGUGGGAGCGCCGGCGGCAGAGAAGACGAAGAAUUCGUCAGCGCUCAGUCAGCAAAGAGAAGUGGGUGGAAACACUGGUGGUGGCCGACCCGAAAAUGGUGGAGCAUCAUGGGAGCAAAGUUGUGGAAAGCUACGCCCUGGCUGUCAUGAACAUUGUGGCGGGUUUGUUCCAAGAUGCCAGUAUUGGAAAUGCAAUCAACAUUGUGGUUGUUCGACUCAUCCUGCUGGAGCAGGACGAGGAUGACUUGAAGAUUACACACCAUGCUGAUAACAGCUUGAACAGCUUUUGUAAGUGGCAGAAGAAACUCAACAUGAAAGGAGACGAACACCCACUGCACCACGACGUAGCCGUCCUGCUCACCAGGAAGGACAUCUGUGCAGCCAUCAACACACCCUGUGAGACUCUGGGUCUGUCCCACGUGGCGGGGAUGUGUCAGGCACAUCGUAGCUGCAGCAUCAGUGAGGACACUGGCCUCCCAUUGGCCUUCACUGUAGCUCACGAGCUGGGACACAACUUUGGGAUUCAGCAUGAUGGCAACGGUAAUGACUGUGAACCCAUUGGGAAACGACCUUUCGUCAUGUCUCCACAGCUCCUGUACGGCACCUCCCAGCCCAGGUGGUCACGCUGCAGUCGCCAGUAUAUCACCCGCUUCCUAGAUCGCGGUUGGGGCUGGUGCCUUGAUGAUGCCCCGCUGAAGGAUAAGCUGUCUCUGAACUCGGUGCUUCCUGGGGUUCUGUACGGCGCUGCCCAUCAGUGUCGGCUGCAGUAUGGAUCGGGGUCCCUGCUCUGCGAUGACAUGGACAAUGUGUGCAGCACUCUGUGGUGCACUGUGGGAACAACCUGCCACUCAAAGCUGGACGGGGCUGUGGAUGGGACGAACUGUGGGGAGGACAAGUGGUGUUUCAGUGGGGAGUGUGUAGCAGUUGGAUAUCAGCCAGAGGGUGUAAAUGGUGGCUGGGCUUCGUGGAGCGAGUGGUCGGCCUGUUCGAGGACGUGUGGGGCUGGAGUCCAGAGCGCGCAGAGAGACUGUGAUAACCCGGUUCCAAAGUACAGAGGGAAGUAUUGUCUGGGAGAGAGGCGGCGGUACAAGAUCUGCAACACUGCACCGUGUCCUGAUGACCUGCCCUCCUUCAGAGACAUCCAGUGUAGUCACUUCAACAGCUUGCCGUACAAGGGCAAGUUCUACAAGUGGGAGGCGGUCAUCAACAGAAUGAACCCUUGUGAGCUGCACUGCCGUCCACUGAACGAACAUUUUUCUGAUAAGAUGCGUGAUGCUGUCACUGAUGGGACGCCGUGCUACCAAGGCAACAAAAGCAGAGAUUUGUGCAUCAAUGGCAUCUGUAAGAGUAUCGGCUGUGACUAUGUGAUUGACUCCAGUGCCACAGAGGAUCGCUGUGGGGUGUGUCAUGGUAACGGCUCCACCUGCACAACUGUCAGGAGAACAUUUGAGGAGACUGAAGGACUUGGCUACGUAGACAUCGGAUUGAUCCCAGAAGGAGCCUGGGACAUCCGCAUUGAGGAGGUGGCUGAAGCUGGGAAUUUCUUGGCGUUACGCAGUGACAACCCCAACAAAUAUUUUCUGAAUGGCGGCUGGACGAUCCAGUGGAACGGAGAGUACAAGGCAGCCGGGACAGUAUUCACCUACGAGAGGACAGGACAUCUGGAGAACCUGACGUCCCCUGGACCCACCAUGGAGCCACUGUGGAUUCAGCUUCUUUUUCAGGAGACAAAUCCAGGAGUGCGGUACGAGUACACAAUCAGUCGAGACACCAUGGAGGAUAACGACAUCCCUGCGUCAGUUUUCUUCUGGAAAUAUGGUUCAUGGACUGAAUGCAGUGUUACCUGUGGAACAGGUGUUCAGAGGCAGAUUGUUCACUGUGUGGAGAAGACGACUGGGAUAGUGGAGGAGCACCUCUGUGACCCUUUAACCCGACCUGAUGAUAACCAAACCAGCUGUGACAAGGAUCCAUGUCCGGCCAUAUGGUGGGUUGGGGAGUGGCAGAAGUGCUCAGCGAGCUGUGGGAGCUCGGGCCAGACGAAAAGGACAGUGCUCUGCAUCCAGGCAGUGAGUACAGAGGAGCAGAAAGCACUGCAGCCCAGUGAAUGUGAACACAUCCCCAAACCUGAGUCACUGUCCUCCUGCAACACACACAUCCCCUGCCCAGCAGACUGGACCACGGGCAACUGGUCAAAGUGUUCGCUGACUUGUGGAGGCGGAGUACGUCGCCGUAACGUGACCUGCUCUAGAAACACAGGGAUUGACUGUGACCCUCAGAAGAAGCCCCACGCUGUGACUACCUGCAACACCCAGGACUGUCCACCAGUGGCUGAUAACUUUGGAGGUAUGGACUGGUCUGGAAGCGGCUGGUCGAGCAAAGAAGUGCUCAAUGAAAUCAACUCCAUACCUGAAGUCAAACCUCCUCCCAAAUACAGCACCACCAGAGCCCAGCCAAGAAACAAUAAUAAUAAUGACCUCAACAACAAUGUGGAGGGAGAUUUUCACUAUCACAAUAACAUUGAAAAUAUCGACCCCUCUGCGGAAAACAGCGUUCAAGUUGACGAUUUUUAUUAUGACUAUAAUUUUAUCAACUUCCAUGAAGACUUGUCGGACGACUUUGAUGGACAAGAUCCAGAAUCCAACGCUCCCCAGGAGACCAAGCCAACAGACAGUGUGAAAGAAAACACUGACAUGGAAACAACAAAAGCUCCUUUAACCAUUGAUACUGGUUCAAAGGCCACUUCCUACACUUUGAACACUGAGGAGCCACAGAGCACAGAUCUGGACAAUAAGAAGGACAACGGAGCAACAAAGGAGCCUAUGCAAACAAGUUCUGAAGAUUUGGAUGACUUCCUGUCUGAGGAUUAUCUUCUGCCGGUGUCUACCACUCGCUCACCGCCAUUGUCUACAACUCAGCGUUCACAAACACAUACAGAGACACAUGACGAGGAUGUGUGGUGGUCUGAAAACAUCAGCACAAUGCCUGGUCUGGCUACAGAGGAGCCUACACAAGAUGUGAAAUGGGAGCAAUAUGGAGAGGAGGCUGAAAAUAACUAUGACAUUUUCACUGAGGAUGUGACUCCAAAAGACGCUGCUCCCACACCCGGACAUCAAACCACAAUCAGUACUAUUGUCGCUGAAACAGUGAGUACUCAGGCGACGGAUGAACAUGAUGAUUAUGAGUACAGCUACAACAAAAAAAGUACUUCAGGUCCAGAUGUAGAGAGUCCUGAACCUUUAGGCUCUCCCACACCAGAAACUGUAGUUCACGUUCAGACUGAAGUUCAACUGGACGAAGGUGCUUCAGAAAUACCUCUAACAACCAGUCAGUCAACAACAUUUACAGCCGCAUUCACAUCGGAGGAUCUGGAUUUGGCUCAGACUAAUUUUGAUACAGUAUAUGACACUAGCGAGGGUGAUUCAUGGGAUACAGACCUCAGCACAACCUCACUUCCUGCCUCUGAGACGUCCACUCCUCCUCUGCUAAUCUCAGGUAAUCAGGAGGCCUCCGAAGACUCCACAUCGUUAACUGGAACAGAAAUCAUACCUCCUCCAAACCUGGAGGGAGCCACUCUGCCUCCCCCAGCUGAUUUCCUGCCAGCUACAAAGGAACAGAUGCCGACCAAACCCGCCUUCACUGAAAGAACUGGAACAGAUGCCACAUCCCGCGCUUCACCAUCUGAUUUUGCUGAUUUUGAUUACAAUGAAAUAGUCGUUCCCCCGAUGCUGAGGAGAAGCGGCAACACCAAUUCUGGUCCUUCGUACCGGCUUCCAACAAACGCAGCAACCCCUCCUCAACACAGCACAACGCCAGAACAUCUCAUUGAAUUUCCAACACCUGCUGUGCCGACCUUGCCAACACAUCCGCCUCUUCUGUGGCCGCUUCCAGUGCUGACAUCUGCCCCAACUUCAGCUUCCACGCAAGUGACUGCUGCCGCCUACUGGGUCACCGGCAACUGGAGCACUUGCUCCACCAGCUGUGGUCUGGGUGCCAUCUGGAGGACGCUGUCUUGCAGCACUGGCUCAGACUCUGACUGUGAUCCAGCUAAGAGGCCUGUGCCAGCCCAGAGGUGUUACCUGCGCCCCUGCGCCAUAUGGAAAGUCGAAGAGUGGAAUAAGUGCUCCAAGAAUUGUGAAGGCGGCGUUAAAUCACGAGAGGUCCAGUGUUUCGACUUGCGGGAUCAAAGGCCCCUGCGACCUUUCCACUGCCGGGCCAUGUCCUCCAGGCCGCACACCCGGAUGACCUGUAACCUUCAGCCAUGUCUGGACUGGUACACGUCCUCCUGGGGUCAGUGCUCUGAGGUGUGUGGGGGAGGUGAGCAGCAGCGUAUGGUCACCUGUCCAGAGGAGGAUCGAUGCGAUGCGGACCUUCAGCCCAGCAGCAUCCAGUCGUGUAAUAGCCAGCCUUGUGCUCAGUGGCUUACUGGAUCAUGGGGACAGUGUUCGGCUUCUUGCGGUGGCGGAGUGCAGCGUCGACUCAUCAAAUGUGUGAAUACAAAGGCGGAGACAGAAGAAGAAGUGGAUCAGGGUCAAUGUGACCAUGAGCUGCAGCCUGAGAACACCCAGAAGUGUAACCUGCUGGAGUGUGAGAGUGUCUCCUCUGGAGCAGCUUGCCUUCGAGAUCGCCUCACAUUUAGCUUCUGUCAUACUCUCCGUUGGCUCGGCCGGUGCCACUUGCCCAACGUGAGAGCCCAGUGCUGCAAAACCUGCAGCCAGCGUUCCCGCUCCAUCAACACGUCUCGCCCCUGAGCUGACACAAAGUAACCACUCAUCAACAGGAACACUGAAGAAAUAUAAACCAUCAUUUAAGUUCAACAAUCUGAGCCCUUUCCUGAGUUCUUUGCCACUGCAGACUACGUGUGAAUCAGUCCCGCCCCAAAACUCAGCAUGUUUGUGCUGGUGACGUCAUCAUACAGGGCUGACACUGAUUGGAGAUGUAACGAAGCCUCUCUUAGCAAAACAAUGAGAAUGUAAAUAUUUGUUUGCACUUUUUAUAUCAUGCAGAAUCGAGAUUUCUUUGUAACAUAUGUGGUGCUGCAUAAGAGUUCUUCUGUCGAUGUAGCCAGCUUUAUACUGCGUUAUUACACAUGUAGAUAAACCACUCAUUAACCUCUACGGUUGGUACAAUGCUCUCAUUUUGAUGACAGCAGCAGAAACUGAACAGAUCUAACAGACAGGGAAACAACUCACUAUGUGGUUUUUACGUAUAUAAUGUGGUACAAGUGUUACCAAGUAAAAAAGUAAGUGGUGCAUAAAGGCUUCAUGUGACAUUAUAGAUAACUGUUAGCUAAGCCCCGCCCCCUUAAUUACUGUAGCUACCAUUUAAAUUCUUGGUAAUUUCUGAAACAAUAUAUGGUUGAUUUCAGACAAGAGCAGCCUUCUCAUAUUUAGUCUGUGACUGUUGUUUUAGCCAACAAAUAUUAAAACAUCAUCAGCUGUAGCUAGCUAACUAUGCAAAGGUUAUCUCCUCAAGCUCUUCAAAUUUUUUAUGUUUUGAUAGGACUUGUUUUAAGAUGAGAACCUGGUAAAGGACGUGUGCACUUGAUGGCUACGUACGUGAUGUUGAUCUCUGUUUAUCUGCGCCUAACAAACUAUUUGCUGACAGCUUCUCACCCUCAACCAGAGCUACAACAAGUACUUUCUGCCUCAACAUUUUAGGAGCCAGCUACUAAUUACUGGGGGAAAAAUGUAGAUUGAUUAUGCAGGAAGGUUAGUGUAAGGACAUGAUGGGGUGGUUGGUCUGUACAGGCAGGGCUGUUUCAAGACACUCUGGGAGCCCUAGGCAAGAGGCACCUUGGCACUUUUCUAUAAUACAUCAAUGAUAUUUCAAUGGAAUAAAUUACUUAUAGACUUAUUCAUACCUCAAAAACAGCAUCAAUAAGUGAUUAACAUUAGGGGGGAUCAAAAUAAAAUAAAUAAAUAAAAUAAAAAUCAACCAGCCACCCUCCUCCCCUGACAAGUAAAGAACAGUCCCUUAAUAAGUAAAGAACAGUCCCUUAAUAAGUAAAGAACAGUCCCUAAAGUGCGGUGAGGUUUGUGGGCCGUUACCUGACACAAAGAGAGAAAUGUGAACGGCUCGUUUCUCCUCUGACACAUCACACCUGUGUGCCGCCACGGCUCGGCUGUUCAGGUAUUUCUGGGCAGUCAUGAAAUUAACAAAGAGGAAAUUAUUGGACCUGGAGCCGGAUUUCCCCGUCGCCGGUAAGCUGUUAUCUUGCGGCGUAUUUGACAGGAAUAUGGCAUCUAUGACCCCUGUUCAACCCACAACUGGCAGGAUUCGUCUUUCGUUUCUGCUGCUGGUUGAAAUCUGUACUUGUAUAGCGUGCUGAAUGAUUUGUUUUGCUUGCGCAAGAGGGUGAGUGUCCGUACCGUGAGGUACCGUACUACUACGGUACUCCAAUAAUGCUAGCGCGGGUGGAAACCAAUCAUGCGGGACAUGGUCUCAAUUUGCGUGACGCGUGAAAAGAGACAGAAAUGCUGUGCAGUCCCGCACAGUGUGGGACGUCUGGUCACCCUACUUAGCCACUCGCAAGCAGCAGCUAGUAGGGGCCCCAUUAGGGGGGAUUCCAACGUGUUGUCAUUGUUGCAGUGUCUAUAGGGGUUCCAUCAUAUUGUCAUUGAUAUGGACCAAUGUCAGCUCGGUGGCAAUGGCCCUGUGUACAGGGACUUAAGCCGGCACCACCCCAGUUCCCAAGCCAAGUCCCAAUGGAUCCAGCUACUGCUGCCCCCCCAAGAUGCGUAUAGUCAUAGCCAGACAAGCUUUUUUUUUUUACAUGCAACAUUUUACAUACCGAGAAUCACUCUCACUACAGCACCACUGCACUACUUACAUGAUAGGGCAGUGUCCAGUUACAGCUGAUGAUAUGAUUAGACUAUCACUGUUCAGAGGAGGGGUUUAGCAAACACUCAGCUGUUAUGUUUAAUGUCCACAGCAGCUUGUAAAAAGCUUUUUUUGAUGUCACCUAGUUGUGUCAGUAGCAGUUGUGUAAUGUCACACUUUGGCUUAACCACACUUCUUUUUUUUUAUUUUUAGAAGUCACAAAGUAAAAUGUAAACAAAAAAAUGUGGAGCUGCAGGAAAUACUUGGUGCUAGAGGCCACACAGGCUCCAAACAUUUCGGGUCAGGUAUUGGCAGGCCCAGUGCCUUAUCUACUUGAAUAUUGGAUCAUCUGAUACUCUUAGUUUUAUUAACCACUUCAUUUAAAUAUGAGUCAAAUUCAGCAUUUCAGAAGAGGCUACAUGUUUUUUGAAGUGAAUGUGAAAUUAUUCAAAAAUGGAGGGACUGUCGAAGUCAGUGUCAUAUCACAUUAGGUUUAGUAUACUGUGUAGUAAAGAAGUAGCUUUACUGUAUAUAUAGUAUUUUGUACCUUUGCAACUGUGGUUUGUCGUCUAGGAAACUGAGUCUGUUACUGACACUCUUGUUCUCUCUGCUCGUUCCUGCGUUCACAAUCAUUGUUAGCACUGACGUGUAAUUACAGGCUGCAGUUUAGAGUCUUUUCAGCAGGAAUUGAAAAGCAGUUCAUCAUGUCCUCUUGUAUUUCUUUACGCUUUCUAACCUAAAUAUAACAUUAUCAAUAGAAAAGCUUUUUGCUAUAUUGAACAAUGUCAAAAGAGCUCCAGCAACACUGGGAUGACCCUGAUGAAGGCCACAAGCCGAAACGCGUCGGUCAAUAAAGUUUCUUUUCCAUACCACAAGUGUUGCUGGAGCUCUUUUGACAUUUUUCAGUGUUUCCUCACUCUCCAUGCACCUUGUGAAUCGGUGAAGUUGUGCCAGAAACCACUUUCUGCUAUAUUGAACAAAAAAUCAAUUCGUUAAGGAGAAAAUAGCGGGGGAAAUCGAUGUUUUGCUACCUCCUCUCCCCUUGGAUCUCCGCAAGUGUUGUGAGGACUCUAAAACUUCACCUGAGCCUCCCUCGGCAUAUGGGUGAGUAGAUAAUGGCUGAAUUUUCAUUUUUGGGUGCACUAUCCCUUUAAAUUAUCUUCAAGGUUUACAGGAAGGUGCUCAGAACAUCAACUUUAAGUAAUGUACCUAUGCUGCCUUACAUUCAUUUAAAAUUCUCAGGAUUCAGUCAAUCACACGAUGUGCCUCUCCCUCCUUGGUUACCGUAACUUGGUGCAAAACAAUGAACUGCUAGUUCUACAUGCACACCUGUUCGAUUUCAUUAUUUAGAGAUAAUUGAGAAGACUUAAAUGCUUGACACACCAGCCACGCCCAGUUACAGUUGCUAAACUGACUGGACAAUCAGGGGAGAGUGGUAACAAAGGGUUAAUCAUAGUUGUAAUGGGCUGAUGCGUUCACAUUCCACUUAUAAACAUACUCCCACACUGAAACACAGUUGAUGUUUGACUGCAGGGAUACAAGCCUUUAACUUUCUCUUCUCUACUUUCUCUGUUUUUAAAGAUUAUGUUGGUUUCCAAGCACAAAAUCAAGACUGUAGCCAAGUGGCUAAUAAAGCUACUAAAAACACCAGAAAAAAGCAACCAGUUGGCUAACCACAAUCUCUUAAGAAAAUCCCACUGUAAGCUUCAUUUCAAUGAGCUGUUAAUAGGCUGUACGACAGUUAAAUGUUUUGGAGAAAAUGUUACUCUUGUAUUAAUCAGUGAUGUGUUAUGACAUAUGGAUAUUUAUAUACUGUGCUUUAUACUACAAAAUAAAACCUGUGGGGA